AUGCCGGUUGCCUUGAUGAUGAGUAACCGCAUCGAGUUCUAUCCGAUCGACGUCGGUCCCCAACAUCCUCGGCGCGACGUCCCUCCAUCUACAACACGUCGGCACCCGAAGCCAUCCGUUACAUCCUCGCCAAUUCCGGUGCACGGGUUCCUCGUCUGCGAGACCGGUACGUGGAUACGGUCCGCCGCUCGGGCGCCACACACUCGAGACGAUCGUCGUCGUCGACGCGCAAUCGCAUGUCCACCAGCCCGGCACCGUGACCCUGGAGCAGAUGAAGAAUUCUGCCGCAUCGGAUUUCGAUUUCGAGGGGCACCUGGCGUGCGGUGGACCGAACGACGUCGCCACGUUGAUCUACACCUCGGCACGACCGGCAACCCCAAGGGCGUCGAGACGACUCAUGCAUGCCUGUUGUUCGAAACCAACGCCGUAAGCGCUGUACUCCCCGUCGAAUUCGGUGACGCAUCACCUCGUACAUGCCGUCGGCGCACAUCGCCGAUCGGCUCACCUGCCUGUACAUGCAAAUGGUGUUCGGCACCAGAUCACUGUCGUGCCGGAUCCGAGCCAGGUAGCGGCCGCGCUUCCGGACUGUCGCCCCACGAUCUGGGGCAGCGUCCCCCGUGUGUGGGAAAAGCUAAAAGUUGCAGUCGAAUCGGCUGUCGCCAACGAACCGGACGACGCGCGGCGAGCGGCGUUGAGUGGGCACUCGACGUCGGAUUGCACUCGUCUCGCACUAACUUGCGAGCCGGUGAAACAGUCCCCGCCGAACUGGAAGCGGACUACGCCCGAGCCGAUACGAUGGUCCUGUCCGCUCUGCGUGCGAAACUCGGCUUGCCGAAC